CUUGUUGUGGAAUCCAAUUACAAUCUUGUACCAUGGAAUUUAACCUUACUCGGUUCGAAAAAUCCACAACCGAAGAAAAGCCUCCCAAAAAAGAUCUACUGUCUCUUUCUCGCAAAAGAAGAAUCGGAUCUGAAGAAGACAAUUCAACAAAGCGACAGGCACUGAAACCUUCCAACGGUGCAGUACAAGGUAGCAAAUGCAACGUGACAGAUCACAUUGCUGACAAAUUACAAGACUCACAUAUCUCGAAACAACCUAACAAGCCUUAUUGUGACAAAGCAUGUGCCCAUGGCGAAGGCAGCUCAAAACAUCACCAAAUCCACUGGGGUUUCAUGAUGAAGGACAAACCUAAAGUGAAGAAGGAAGAGAACAAAAAGGUAGACUCUGACGAAGAGUUUUGGAAGAAGGCUGCCGAGAUGGCUCCUGAAGACGAUGUCCAAUCCGAAGACGAGGACAUGAUAGAAACCUUACCUGGGACGCCAUCAUUCGACGACAUGCCAUCUCCUGUUGUAAACACUCUAUUGGAGCAACUAGAAGCACAGCCAGAAGAAGAAGAUGAUGAUACCCUUAUGAUACCAGACGACGACACCGACACCGAAAAGGAGGUUGCAAAUGAUAGAAGGAGUCCCGAGCCUUCAGAACAGGACAUCCCAGCAAAUGAUGAAGAGGAAACUGAAAAGUCAUCUGUUGUAAGGACAAAAGUACCGGGCGAAAACACAUUUUCGCACGACUGUGUCAAAACUUGGUCUCCAGCGCGCAUUCACGCUUGGGAGAUACGUCGACUUAAUCCAGAAGCAUUUUAUUAUCGUUUCGUUGAUCCGGCUCAAGGACAAAGCAACGGAAGUUUCACAAAAACUGACCAUGAUAACUUCAUGAAGCGAAUGGAGGAAUGGAAAGAAAAAGGCUACAGAAUUGGCGCAUCCUGGGGAAUUUUUAGCAUGGGGAUUCCACACCGAGCUGGGUAUCAAUGCAGUGCAUAUUAUCGCAAAUUGAUUCAAUCCAAGAAAAUUAAAGACGACGCUUACGCAAUAGUCGACGGCAAGCUUAAAAUGGUUGACAAAAAUCGAACCAAUGCUGGAGAAGCUGCUACCUCGGCACUUAGCUCAGCAUGGGACCUUGACGAGGUUAAAGAAAUUGAGAGAGAAGUAGAUCAAUGGCUGAAAGAAUAUCACAACAGAAGUGGAAGCAUUGUUGCAAAGAAGCCAGCAGCGCCAAGACCCAAGGCAGCCCCCCGUGUACACAAAUCUACCGCAACCAAAUCAGGAGAUAUAGCGCUACUAGUCAAACAAAAUAUAGGAGUCGGUAAUUUCAGAUUGCUCAGUGACGAAGAAGCAUUUAUGCUUGCCAACGAGCCAUCAGCGAUAACGUUGAAGCGGCGCAACUGGGAUUUGGAAUGGAAAGAGAGUCUGCAAGAAUACCGCAAAUUCGUUGAGGGAUUCCAAGAUCCUGAUGUCAGACGAAAAUACCACGAAUUGAAGAAGCAAUGGCGCAAGGGCUUGAUAACGACAGAGCUCAAUAUGUCGCUGAGAAGGCAGACUCAGAAUACACCAACAACGACUGUUGCACCUACCACCAGUGCUCCAGUCGCCAAAAAACCAACGCAACUAUCUUUGGCCAACUUCUUUUCUGGCGUCAAGAAAGUGAAGCCGAAGACUGAUACUCCAGACGAUUUGAUCUCUAGAUACAUUAUACCAAAUGACUUAUUCAGUGGAGUCAAACAAAUGCGAGGGCUAUAUAAUUCGAAGCGGGCAUCGGCCACCGAACCAAAAACAGCAUACUGGGAAAUGAAGGACAUGAACGAUUGUGUGUCCGUGUUGGAUGAAGUCAUGUCCCAAACUGAGGCGGCAUCAUCACAGUCACCUAUCGAAGGCAUGUUAAUAGAUCCUCCGUGGGAGUUUUAUGUAGCGGAUGGGCGAAAUGAUGGCCGCUGUACUUGGAGCCUUACAGACAUGAUGUCUUUGAUGGAAAAUGUUCUACAGCAUAUGUCAGCGGGAUUGAUUUUUAUGUGGACACACAAAUCAACACAGGCAGAUGUAGUGCGAAUGAUGUAUUCACUUGGUUGUACAUACGUGGAAAAUCUGGUGUGGUUCAAAAAGACGCUGUCCAAUGUAUUACAAGACAGACCUAGUCCGUAUUUCAGUUCUUCUAAAGAGAUUCUUCUUAUCUUCAAAAGAGGCGAAGGGUUUGAACUGAGACAUCAACGUACGGCUGAUGUUAUCAUUGACUUUGAACGGCCAACUGAGCAAUGGAUUCACGAAGAAUACACUGAACUGAAGCCUCCUGGAGUGUACGAUAUGAUUGAAACGCUACUUCCAAAAGCUGGAUUUGAUGAAGCUCUUGGACGAGGGCGAUUUUUAGAGCUGUGGGCUAAACGACAAGCGCCCCGGAGAGACGGAUGGUUAGCUUUUCACCAUAUUAAAACGGAAGUAGAUACAGAUGCGAAGCAAAUCCAUCAAGAGGAAUCGAUGGAUACCGCCAACAACGAAACUGAAGUUGCAUCCAUGGCGGAUCAAAACUGAAAAAUCUGACAAUAAAAUGGGUUUCUGCGAUGUUCGGAGAACUAAAAUCUUUUUUUAAAA